AUGGGGAAGAGAUCUGGCAAAAUGCACAGAGCCUACGCUUCGCAUGGGACACACUAUGACAAUUGUAAUGAGGAUGAAUGGGAUGUUGUGAUUGUUGAAAACGUCACAGAGUAUGGUAUGCGUCACGUCCGUGCCUACUUCAAGCCCAAGACUUGGGGAGUUCAGGCCGUAUGCCUGGACCCACGUCUGUUUGGGAACCCGGUUGCGCGAGCCCGAUUGUUCUUGGUGAUUUGGAACAAGUCUACCGUGCAAUGGCGGCCAGGGAUGGUUUUCAAAGAGAUCGUUGAGGCACUCAAGCUUCGAGUGGUCAUGCCGCCCUUGAACUUCUACUUCCAGAACCUCCCAAGGGCAACCCUGACCCCGUCUUUGGCUCGCGGGCGAUGCCUCUCACCUGAGGAGGCGUUGGCAGCUAAUGCCCUCCCCUUGAACUCCAUUCAGGCCAAGGCUUGUGGGCAGUUUGAUGCGAUGAAAGAUGAGCACCCUGCCAAGUUUGCUGCUGAGUUCUUCAGCAAAGAAGGGGCGUACCAGUCGGCCACUGCGCGAACCGCUCCGUUCACAUUGCCGCUGACGAGCCUUGGCCUCACGGAGCCGCAGGACGGGUUUCCAAUCCUCAAGGAUUGGCUGCUCAACGCUUGGUCGAUUUACUCCGGGGGCUUUGAGAACUACAGAGAAAACGUGGAGGUGACAGCCGCCGACAACCAGCUUGGGAAUCCUUGCGGUUUUGGAUCAGUUCAAGCAGCAAAGGGGAUUGGGCGUGUCAGCAUUUUGUUGUUCUCCGUGGCCUACACGUACAGCCACAUCAGCAAGUCCUGGGGCGAAGGGGAGCAGGAAGAAUUUGGCAGGACGCUCGCCGUUUUUGGGGAGGAAAAAGGGCUCCAAAAAGGACACACCAAAGAGGGCGGGGGAAGGUUGCUUUUUCCAGCUUGGUUUGUAAACCCCCACAUUAACCCUGGUGGCUACCUUGUAGCUGACCCUACUACUCUCUACUUCGAACUUCUGGCUACCCUCCUUUCUGGCUACCCUUGCCGACCCUUCUAG